CCACCAUCAUCAUCAGCAGCAGAAGCAGCAGCGCGUGGUGCGUAAAGAUCAGCCAGGGUCAGGAUGCAUCCCAGCUCCACCACAUCCACGCCGUUUUCUGUUAAGGAUAUUUUGCGGCUGGAUUAUCACGAUGACUACGAGAGUGAAUUUUUGAUGAAUGAUCAAGUUGUUCCGAUGCAUCACCAUCAGUUUGCGCGCGAUGCAUCCAGAACCGACGAGUUUUAUGACUGUCGGUCCGAACAGUGCGUCAGUAGUAUGCAGGAGAGGCUCGGUGCUCCCAACUCUGCAGCGGAAGAGGAGAUGCAUAAAAAAGGUGAGAUGUGCGCAGUGCUGCAGAGAUUAUUUUCCCGAGUCUGGUGCGCAUUUACGCACGCAGCUCUGCAAAAGAUAAUCGGUUCCGACUCUUCACCAGACGGCCACAGCGACUCGAAAGGCCAAGCCAGGCCGCGCAGAAAGCCCCGCGUCCUCUUCUCUCAGUCGCAGGUCUCCGAAUUGGAGAGGCGGUUCAGCCAGCAGCGCUACCUGUCCGCCCCGGAGAGAGAACACCUGGCGCACGUGCUCAAACUCACCUCCACGCAGGUCAAAAUUUGGUUUCAGAACAGAAGGUACAAAUGCAAGCGACAAAGGCAGGACAAGUCUCUGGAGAUGGCGGGGUUUCCGGCUGCGCCGCGGCGGGUGGCGGUCCCGGUGCUGGUGCGGAACGGGCAGCUCUGCGGCGCGGCUCCUGCGCCUUAUAACGUCGCAGUCGGACAUUAUAACCAUGUGUUUGGAAACAGCAGCUUGUAUGGUUAUCACAGCAUGUCACCUUCAGCUGGUGUGAGCAGCAACCAGCUGAUUGAGUUAACUAAUCACGCAGAGGGGCUCUGUAACCAGUUCCAGGCGUCUUUACACGCCGUCAGAGGCUGGUGAGGAAACAUGAAACACUUUAUUAUCACAUGCUUAUAAAUGUAACUGUUAUAUAUUAUUCAGCAGUUUUUUAUCUUUUUAUUUCUCGUUUUUAUGUUUUAAAGUUGAAAUGUUGAUAUUUUUGAAUUAAAGGGGAUUUGUGACUUCUUUUAAUUGUAUUCAUAAGUUUGCAUAUUUCUAAGGAGAACCUUUUAACCGAGAUAAAUGCAACCGAUCAAGUUGUUUUCGGACCAGAAUCCGGUGGAUGCGCUUUAUCAAAGGGAACCAUCGAGGAGCUAAUGGGCAGACCCUGACAGCGCUGCUUUAUCAAACUCACCUCAUUAUUGUCUCAUUCACAAAAACCCCUCCUGUCCCUGAUAAGGCCGGAG